AUGAAUGAAUCUGCUGAAAACGAUUUGGAACCAUUCUAUGAGCCACUUGGACUAUACAUAAGGCCAUGUGCACGUUUGAAUAUCUCGUUGACACUACCUCCUCUUAAGCAGCCCGGCCAGUCCAUAUCGAAUUGGGACCUAAUGGAAAAAAUCAAAAAAGCUAUUGUACCUGUUCAGUUAUCGUCGAUUCGUGUGACGUUGAGCACCAUGGAAAUGGUUCGAUUUGAAGCAGAAUUACCGAAUCGGAAAAUGCUUCAUAAAGUAAUCAAAGCGCUAGAAGGCUACUCUCUGAAAGUAGUUGGCUUUUUCGAGUCGUUGAAGGUUCGUGCGUCUGAAGCGAAAUCCACUUUCCCGACACGUCACGACUGGGACGAGUUCUUCCGCACCGCGAAAGGAAUGAACGAACUGAAAGCGGGCGAAAGACCGGACACGAUUUAUUUAGCGAAAAUUCCGACAAACUGGUUUAAGGACACCAGCAAGAAAGAUAGUAUAUUACCAAGUGAAAAGUUACUGAAAGAGACCUUUGAGCAGUUCGGUCGAGUACGUUGUGUUGAUAUCCCGUCAUGUGAUCCAUAUCGAAAACAGAUGCCAUCAAGCAUCUCCGGUAUUCAAGUGAGCGGCUUCUCGUUUGGACAGGAGAUCUACUUCGAAGCGUACGUACAGUUUAUGGAGUAUAUUUCGUUUAUGCGUGCGAUGAACGCGUUACGAAAUAUGAAUCUAGUGAAGAAAAUGCCUGAUGGACGAUUGUGUGAAGCAUCGAUUAAGGUAACAUAG